AUGCAGAAGUCUGUCAGUCACAACGGAAAGUGGAUCAGCUCGGCUGGCGCGUACGACGAGGCGAUGGAAUAUGGACGCUACAGUCGAACGAUGUGGGCGUGGGCGUGCGACGACGGGCACUGCCUAGCACCGAGUGCGGACUGCGGACUCGCUGGCCUGGCCUUGACAACGCGAGUCGUUUCCCUCUUAGCGUCUCCUGAGUUGUUCGGCUUUCAUACGACCUCUCUGCCCCUCGACGCACAUUACUGUGUCGGAGUGAAGCUGGCAAACUACGGAAGUCGCGUGACAUGCCGUCAGGGCAAUUUGCCGCCGUCUGUAGUGAGUGACGAUGAAGUUACGCUGGACGGUUUCGACCAUGCCUUCGGCAAAGCAGGUGGUGGAUCGGCGAGCCGCAUCUUUACCGAUUCGACCGACUUACGGGCGGACGGGCGGGCGGGCACCAGCGUGCGCCUCGUGAAGGCAUUAGCAGAGCGCUGUCGGAUGCACGACGGCCCCCGGAAACACGGUAAAAUUGUGUACGUCGUCGACGCUUUACCGGUGCCGUUCCGAUGCCGUCCCCUGAGCACGAUCGUCUGUGACGUCACCCCUCUCAAGAACUUUCGGGUAGAAGCAAAGUAUGACACGCCAAUUUAUGGUCACACUUCAACGGAAUGGCUUCCGAACCGAAGCAUCACCAAAGCCGCACUAAUAACCUGUCCGACCGAACGAACUGCCAGUAGUGAAAUGCUGAUUCCUCUCGAACACUUGUUGCAGACGUCGAAGCUCUGCGUCUAG